AUGAAGUUGUUUAACUUAUUUGCACUUUUCUCAAUCUUUUUUCUGAUCUCUCUUACUGUUGAUUCCGUAGUCAUUGAUCGUGAACAAAUAAAAAAUCGACGAAACAGUGUCAUUAAACGUGGUUAUGGAAAACCUUUUACAAACGAAGUUGGACCUUCUGAAGAAAGUGAUGACAAUUUUCCUACUACAUUUAAGUAUCAUAAUUCUCCUACUCAUGAAGACGAAGAAGAACUAGAACAAACCAUGCCAGAAAAGGAUGAUGCUCCAAAUGAAGAUGAUGAAUGCGAAGAAGAGUCUACGUUAGAGGAAUACCCUGUUUCUGAAGAAGACGAAGAAUAUCCUAUUAAUGAGGAAGAAAAAAAGAAAGAACUUAUCCCUGAAGAUCAUAUUUCUGAGGAAGAAAGCUUUGAUGAUGAUGAUGAAAAACAGAUUUCUGAAGAAAGUUCUGAAGAUGAUGAUGAAAGACCUAUUUUCGAAGAUAAAGAACCUAAAGAUGAUGAAAAAUCUAUUUCUGAAGAAGGUGAAGGACCUGAUGAUGAUGAUAACGGUGAUGAUGAAAAACCUGUUUCCGAAGAAGAAUCUGAAGAAAAAGAAGAAGAAAUUCCUGACGAAGUUGAUGAUGAAAACCCUGUUUCAGAAGAACCUGAAGAAAAAGAAGAAAAUUCUGACGAUAUUGAUGAUGAAAACCUUAUUUCUGAUGAAGAACCUGAUGAUGAUAGUAAUUAUGAAAAACCUACUUCUGAAGAAGUAUCUGAUGAUGAUGAUGAUGAAAAACCUAUUUACAAAGAAGAACCUGAUAAUGAUGAUAAUUAUGUAAAACCCAUCUUCAAAGACGAUGGUGAAGAAGAUGAUGAAAAGCCUAUUUCCGAAGAAGAACCUGAUGAUAAUGACGAAAAACCCAUCUUCGAAGAUGAUGAUGAUGAAAAACCUAAUAAUAAUAAAAACUCUAUUUCUGAAGACGAGUAUGAAAACUCUAUUUCAGAAGACAAAUCUAUGUUAAAAAAUGAACAGUAUACGCCAGACU